AGCAGAGACAGAGACAGACACGCUCUCACAGUCUGUCCACCGUGUUAACCUUUCUACGCUUAGGAAAAAAACAUUAUUAUAACAUAACUCCUUCUGGAUUACUAUUUCCGUAUUCCUUUAACAGGAAAAAACAGGAAUAUUUUUCUUUUUGUUUGGUUUUCUCAGCCUUUUGUGCCUGAACUGCCACCAAGGAAACGGGAACAACAGAGUAGACAGACAGACAAAUAGAAAGCUAUAGAUCAGCCUGAGAGAGACAGAUGUGUACAGAAGAUGAGUCCGGCUUUAGAAGCGCUGAUGGAGGGGUGUAGAUACCCAGGGAAAGAAGAAAUGAAGGGAGGAGUGAUGUUGGAACCAUUUGUCCAUCAAGUCGGCGGCCACUCUUGUGUACUGCGGUUUGGGGAACAGACCAUCUGUAAACCACUAAUACCCAGAGAACACCAGUUUUACAAGAGCCUGCCACCCGAGAUCCGCAAAUUCACGCCACAGUACAAAGGUGUGGUGUCGGUGAGUUUUGAGGAAGAUGAGGAGGGGAAUCUGUGUUUGAUAGCGUACCCACUCCACAGUGAUCCAGCUGAUUUGGAAAACAAGGAGCCCUCUGCUGAUGGAGAGCCCAAGAAUAAGCUUAAGUGGGGGAAAAAGAAACCAUCAGGCCUACUACCAGAAAGCGAGAGAGCCAGACAGAGCCGCAAAGAGGAGAAGGGCAAAAGUAAUCGGGAUGAUAAGGCAGAGGUUUUGUACUACAGUCUGGAGAAAGGAAAUGUGGUUCCUCAGAUCAAACACAACCCUUGGAGUCUACAGUGUCACCAGCAACACCUACAGAGGAUGAAGGAGAACUCCAAACACAGAAACCAGCACAAAUUUAUUCUGCUGGAAAAUCUAACAUGGCGGUACCGGGUCCCAUGCGUUCUUGAUCUGAAGAUGGGAACACGUCAGCAUGGGGACGAUGCCUCUGAGGAGAAGAAAGCAAAUCAGAUUCGCAAAUGCCAACAAAGCACUUCCUCUUCUAUUGGAGUACGCCUCUGUGGCAUGCAGGAGUAUCACAGCGCUACAGGGCAGCUGAUAUUCAUGAAUAAGUAUCACGGGCGUAAGCUGAGUCUGGCCGGGUUCAAAGAGGCUCUGUGCCAGUUCUUCAGUGACGGCCGAGUUCUGCGCAGAGAACUUCUGACCCCAGUGCUGCAAAGACUGAGAGAGAUGAGAGCGGUGCUGGAGGCUUGCGAAAGCUAUCGUUUCUUCUCCUCCUCUCUUCUCAUCAUCUAUGACGGGGCUCCACCCCCUGCCCCAUCUAGAUCCCGGCCCUCUCGUGGAGGAGAGGAGGAAGAUGAGGAGGACGAUGAUGAAGAUGAGGACGACGAUGAGGAGGGAGCUUACGGUGGGCGUCACGAUCACUCCAGCAGCGUUUCACCAAUGGUGGACGUCCGAAUGAUCGAUUUCGCCCACACGACAUGUCGUGAUUAUGGAGAGGACGGCAUCGUCCAUGAAGGUGGAGACAGCGGCUACAUCUUCGGCCUGCAGAAUCUCAUCAGCAUUCUGUCACAGCUAGAAGAGCACAGCAACGACUAAACGUUUGUGCGACGUCUUACCGUGCAUUUGCCAUGCCGAGGCUUACCGUGGGCAUCCUGACCAUGCCAUCAGGGUUUAAAGUUCACGCUUAGCUCGCCCUGCUAUGCUUUUUUAUAGCCCUAGCAGGGAGCGGUUGCGUAGGCGAGGGUCAAAGGUAAAUCCAGAAACCCACCGGAGCUGAGGGGACUGAACUCUUUUGUAAUUUCUCACUGAGGUGAAGAAGUGCGGUCCCUCUCCAUGCCUGUUGUUUCUGCUCGCCCCGAAUCAUAGGGGGCGGCAGUGGAUGAGUUUCUGUGACAUCACAUCUGCUCUUGUAUCUUCAUUUGUUCUCUUCAUCUAUGAAAGAUAAGGGAAAUAAGCUGAUGCUUGCAUUAAAAGAGACAUUUAUAAAAAGACAUUUGCAAAAUGUGCAAAUUAUCUACACACCUUUUGAAGAGGUGGAUUUGUAGCAACGGUAGCACAAUCAUAAAUUGAUAUGACAAGCAACUAAGCAACAUGCAUGAAGGUGCUUUAGAAACACUAAGCAGGACCCUGCAGGACUCGAAGAGACUUUGUAGGGAAUGAUGAGUGUGUGGAAAAGGCAAUUUGCAUAGUCCUUUCCACAUUCCUUAUCAUAAAAGACUUUUUCUCUUGGACAUUUUAAUAUAUUUCAUUAUCUUGGAUCCUCUUCAUUCCAUAGGCACGUGUUGAAAAUUAGCAUCCUCACUCCAGAGACUUUAAAGAGAACCCUAUUUAUUUAUAAGAAUAUUUCUAUCAAAUGUGAAUGGAAAUGUGACAUUCCAUCCCUAGUUCUACCGUAUGAUGUAAGUGAUAUAGGUAGAGAAAUUAUUUUUGUCAUGGUUUUCUCUGUUUUUGACAAUAUGAAACAAAAUAAAAAGAAAUCUGCUUUGUU